ACAGACAAUGGGCUGCAUCCCAAUUUGGGAUGUGCAUGGAUUCAGCAAGGCCGGAAACUCUGCAACUCUCUGGUUAUCUGAUACCUCUAUUCGAAUGAAAUGCGAUAUAUUAGAAAUCACUAAUUCGUAGCUUUCCAAGAUAAACAGUGUCUAUUUUUGAGGCUUAAUCUUAAGACCACAGGCAAUAGUUUCAUUUGUUUUCUGCAUUUUACACGGUCACAAUCAACCAAACAAAAACCAGGCAGAGCGAUGGAUUCGCGAGUUAGUACUGCACGCUUUGUCAUUGUUCUAACCAUCUUUCUUAUCAAAGGCCAAGCGAUUGGUUUAGAUGGCGUUCACGUAUUUGCAUCACAUGGGUUCCAUGAAAUACAAGAGUCGAUAUCAAGCAGGAUUGACCCGUUUUCUAAUGAGUUCCUACAAGGUUCAUCAAAGAUCGCUGACCUCAAAAGCUCUUCAGGAGAACAUCUUUCAGAACUGAGUUCUUURCAGAGAGUGCGUAAACGCAGGGAUGUGGUCAGCGGUGGCCUACAAGUGCAGGGUCUCUCGGCCAGUCAGGGCUGUAAUGGCAUCAUAUUGGAAUGGGAUGCAUUGCCUCUACCUUACAGCGCCAAACUCCAAUACGUCAGCUCUGAGUUCAAACAUUUCAACGUGUAUCGCAGUAACUCAUUCUUCAGUGACGUCACGGGUAUGGCACCUCAUGCGUCUGGAGUAACGGAUCCAAGACUUCGUGCAGUCGAUAAUAGACGUUGGAUAGAUUUUUAUCCACCACCUAUGGCGAACUGGUUCUAUGCUGUCACGAUUGUGGACGGCAAAGGAAGGGAACAGACGAGGGUCGCUGCUAAAAAGGUAAUAUUUGUAGGAGCCAUAGAAAAAGAAGGAAAGCCGUUUCUUAUGAUUCCUUCAGUUCUACGUGGCCGAGCGAUGCACCACAGUGUGGCGUUUAACCCCAACAGAAAUGAAUAUCUUGUAGCCUUCGACUGGGACAUGAAUCAUGAUGGUACAUCAGAUCACUUGUAUGCUGCUAGACUCGAUCAGGCUGGUAAAAUCGUCGACAAGAAAGUGCUCAACUUUUCAGCUAGCAUUCCAGGUUGGGUUAGCGGUGAGCAAGGCUGGCCAGCGGUUGCAUUCAAUCCCUCAAGUAAUGAAUACCUUGUUCUCUUCCAUUUUCGUUCAACAAAACAUUUUUCGAAUAGACACGUUAUUCUCGCUCAAAGAAUCUUGGCUGCACAAAGUGAAAGAGCUGCUUCACCUUCGGUCACUGCCACGGCUGACGGUGCAGAUAUCAAAGAACCAAAACUGCUCUACAAUCCAAAAACUGGUGGUUACGUGGCUUCAGUAGUCGUUACCAAACCCAAGAAAGACGUUAUUGGACUAUUUCUCGAUAAAAAUGGAAAAGUAGCGAAAGUUGGUCAAGUCUGUAGUUUCCGUUACGAUGCAUAUGAACACAAUUUGUUUCAUGACUCGAAGCGGGAUGAGUUCUACUUUACUUGUACAAUAGAAAAUAAAGGAACUAUUGCAAACCCUCAGCUUGAAACACGACCUUUCAUGGUUUUGAUGACAAAAAUGGACGCAUUUGGUGUUCAUGCGUCAAAUACACCUUCUAGUGGGACCAAGACACUGAUAGGCUACUCCAACAAACGACACACUAGACACGAAGGAUAUUACAACCAAAAGACAGACAGGUUAGUGAUGUUCUGGGAAGAUCUUAAAAAUGGGAAAAACACGUUAUCAUCAUCAUCUCUACUCAUGACCAGAGCACUUUUCUUGCUGGAAGUCGGCAAGUACGACUGUCAUCUUGACCGAGAAGUAAAAACCCCGGUGCUCCUGCCUAUGCCGAUAUCCGGUGGACAUUAUCUUUUAUGGCAAGAAAGAAGCCAGUUAUCGUGGAGUAUAGGGGGACAGCUCAUGAAAGAUGGCAACUUCAGGCUAACCAGUGGAAUCCAAAAGAACCCUACUGUAGUGUACAAUGUCAAUAGGGACAUGGGGUUUGUGGUUUGGCAAGAAGAUGUUGGAAGACAAGUCAAGCUAAUAGGAAGACACUUUACUUAUUCGUCUUCUCAUACAUGCUCGUCAGCUUGCCCACCAAAUCAAAGAUGUGUUCAACAAAAUACCUGCGAUUCAGACCGCUGCUCAUCCAACAAUGGUGGUUGCAGUCACAAGUGCCAGGUCAAGGCCGGUGGUUUGUUGACUCAGUGCAUUUGCCCAAAAGACAUGGAGCUGGAUGCUGACCAGAAAACAUGCAUUAACAAUUUGCCUUGUAGAGGGAUGACCCCCAUGAAGAAUCCGCUGACAAGUCAAGAUAUGUACUGUGGGAGAGGACCCUUGCAUGUUGAUUGUCUAGAAGGUUCAUACUGCCAUAUUCAUCCUACAGACAAAUUCGCCAAGUGUUGCCCAGACCUUCUUCCAGGGUAUGCAAUUCUAGUUGCAAGUCAAAAUACCAUCUGGAAAGCAGUCAUCAAUGAAAACCAACAAAAAGCUAAUGUUAGUAGAAUGCCGUUCACACAAGGAUUCAUGCAGGUUGUUGCUAUUGCAUAUGAUCCAAAAGAAAAGCGUAUGUACUGGUCUGACGUCAUGGGACAGACUAUAAAACGAGCAUUGAUGGACGGAACAGGCGAGGAGACUAUUCUAAGGUCCAAUGUACACACACCAGAUGGAUUAUAUCUUGAUACGGUUGACCGUGAACUGUAUUGGACCGACGCUGGACAGGAAACAAUCGAGAAAUCCAAACUUGAUGGUUCAGGAAGACGCGUUUUGGUAAAUAAAGGGCUUGAUCAACCUAGAGCAAUAGUACUAUAUAAAAAGCGAAGACAAAUGUAUUGGACUGACUGGGGGAAAAUUCCAAAGAUUGAAAGAAGUUUGGAAGACGGUACGACUCGAGAAACCAUUGUUACUAGAGGUUUAGGCUGGCCCAACGGUCUUGCAAUUGACGAAGAUCUUAGACAGUUAUACUGGGCAGACGCUAAAGUUGACAAGAUAGAAACCAGUGACCUGGAGGGCAGGAACAGACGUGUGCUAGUGGGAGGCGACAAAGCCAAACAUCCAUUCUCAAUAGGAAUUCUCAACAAUCGAUUGUUUUGGAGCGACUGGGAAAAGGAGGGCGUUCAGAGUGUGGACAAACAAACGGGAAAAGACUACGCAGAAAUAUUAAAUGGUUUGGAAAACCCCAAAGGAAUGUUUCUCUUUAUGACAGAGUCGCAACCCCUCAACACGUGCCCCGACCCAGGUCGUCCAAACAAUGGAAACCGAUUUCCAGCCCCAGGUCCCACUGGCCGUUAUGACGUUGGAGUUUCGUUAAUAUUCACUUGCAACCCAGGCUACACUUUGAUUGGCCCUAUAAAUCGGCAAUGCAAGAGAACAGGCAAAUGGAGUAGAAAAGUCACCGAAUGUGUUGCACCUCCAUUUCUAACAGCCACGCCAAUCAACACAACUGUAGACGAGGGUAAAGCUGCCGUCCUACGAUGUUCUUCAUCAAUAGAUAGAUCACACCCUAUACAGGUCCAAUGGUUUAAAAAUGGAUCCCCAUUGGCACCUGACCCAGACAUACGUUACCAUGUGGCUUUUACUGGUCACCUGAUUUUUUCUCUAACACGAUACAGUGAUCGGGGCCUUUAUAAAUGUGUUGCUCAAAACAAAGGUGGCAAAGUUAGUGCUACAGCCCACCUUAAAGUGAGAGGGUCUGUCAAACUAAAAGAAUGUGGUCGGCCUGGAUUCAACACACGUGCACGUAUCAUAGGAGGCCGUCGAGCAGAUCGAGGUGCUCACCCAUGGCAAGUCAUGCUGUGGAAUAAGUUAGACAAGAGACACUUUUGUGGAGGAACACUCAUUACAGAUCGAUGGCUGGUAACUGCUGCACACUGUGUACAUGCCAAACUCUUAUUCCCGUCAAAUAUCAAGAUUCGUUUGGGUAAACAUGUACGCACCAGAACUGAACGUAAUGAACAGUCAAUGAAUGCAGACAUGAUCAAAAUUCAUCCCAACUACAACGCCAUGGAUCGCACGUAUGAUUCGGAUAUUGCUUUAGUCCGAACUUCGAAGAAAGUUAUCUUUACCGACUAUAUUCAGCCUAUUUGUCUUCCGACGAAAGAGCAAGACUUUCAGCUCAUGAGAGUUAAUACUUCAGGAGUGAUUAGUGGCUGGGGAAGCAGGAAAGUAUUCAGGGAUUCAGCUCGUAGGCUAUACGAAGCUGGCGUACCAAUCGUGAGCACAUCUGCAUGUAAAGCGUCUCAUCCAGCUUACAUCAUUACACCCAACAUGUUCUGUGCUGGGCAGAAAAAUAGUUCUCUUGGUGACGCAUGCCAAGGAGAUUCAGGAGGUCCGUUUUCUGUAAACAGCCCGCUUCCUUCUAAACGAAAUGUCAAAAGACACGUACUUCUCGGCGUGAUUUCAUGGGGAGAUGGGUGCGGUCACUAUGGAAAAUAUGGCGUGUACACACGGGUAACGAAUUUUGUAGAUUGGAUUAUGAAUGAAAUAGACUAGUACCAAAAACUAACGAUAUAAUCUAGGCAAUAACACGGCUAAUAAAGAAUGUCACGAGUCUUUUGUAACAAAAGGACAAAUAAAAACCAAUAGCUUUGCAUUGCAUUACUUUAACAUUACUAGACGACCAAUUAGCCAUUCCGAGGAUGAAGAUAAAACUUGGUUGAGUUGGCAUUGCAGUGCACUUCAAGGCUGAAAAAAAUAUUGAGGACGAAAUAGAGUGCAAACAAUAUAACUUAAAAAAGUCUCAAAGUGCUCUUGAAUACCAACUCAAUCCAGUUGUGGGUCACUUUGCAUAAAUACAAUAGCUUGUUAUCCUCCACUGCACUUAGACUAUUGUGAUACUGUAAACUGAUCUUCAAAUUCGAUGCAAAUGAGCCAAACUGUAAUGSUUCAGUUUAUGGGUCAUAAGAAACCAGUGAACAGAAUCAGGGGCAUAGCUGGGUCUUGUUCAUAGGGGUAGAGAUAAUGUAACAGGUGGGGUGGGGGGCAGAAGAGGGAUCCCCUCACUUUGUCCCUGAAUAGAAUAGAUUUCAUCUUAAUAGUUUUGCAAAUCUUGAAACUUCAAGUAAUUUAAAUUUGUAAUUCUUUUAURAAAGAAAUAAAGAACUUCACAUGA